CUCGGCAGCGCUGGCCUCUCGCCUCGGGCGCCGCUUCCGCGAGCGAGCCGUCGUGGCGGGUGGGCUGAGUGUCAGGAAGCGAAGGAGCAAACGGGCCGUCGCCAGGAUGCCGCUGGGCCUGAAGCCGACGUGCAGCGUCUGCCGCACCACUUCCUCGUCCAUGUGGAAGAAAGGCGGACAGGGCGAGAUCCUUUGCAACAACUGCACGGGCCGUUCAGGGCCGCCCGCCGCUGGGGCAGCGUCCUACGCCAGCACCUCCGCGGCCUCGCAGCACAGCAACGGCGGCAGCGGCGGCGGGAAUAGCGGCGGCGGCGGCGGGGGGAAGCAGAGUAAGCAAGAAAUUCACAGAAGAUCUGCUCGAUUGAGGAACACAAAAUAUAAAUCUGCUCCUGCUGCUGAGAAAAAGGUUUCCACUAAAGGAAAAGGGAGAAGGCAUAUUUUCAAAUUAAAAAAUCCCAUCAAAGCUCCAGAAUCUGUAGCCACAAUCAUUACAGCAGAAUCUAUCUUCUAUAAGGGAAUAUACUAUCAAAUUGGAGAUGUUGUUUCAGUGAUUGAUGAGCAAGAUGGUAAAACAUACUAUGCUCAGAUUAGAGGUUUUAUUCAAGACCAAUACUGUGAAAAAAGUGCAGCUUUAACAUGGCUUAUUCCUACUACAGCAAGCCCAAAAGACUAUUUUGAUCCUGCAACUUACAUAAUAGGACCAGAAGAAGAUCUUCCAAGAAAAAUUGAGUACUUAGAAUUUAUCUGCCAUGCACCUUCAGAAUACUUCAAAUCUCGAUCAACUCCUUUUCCUACAAUUCCCACUAGGCCAGAAAAAGGUUAUAUCUGGACUCAUGUUGGACCUACUCCAGCAAUUUCAAUCAAGGAAACUGUUAGUAGCAGCUUGUAAUAUCCCUUCAAAAAAUGCUUUUAUUUAUAUUUUAAAUUACCAUCUGACUUCUAUUUAUUGUUUAAAUCUCUGCCUUUGUUUAUUUUUCAUUUUUAAAGCUGUUUUUUCCUUAGAAAAAAUACAAUUUAAUCUAGAUAAAUGAAUAUUUUAAAGUAUUUCUGCUGUAUUAGAACUCUGCCCUUAUGUUAGGAUACAGUAUACAGUAAUUUGUAUUUAAUUUGAUCAUGGGGCAGAGGGAUAGAGACAAGUAUUCAUUAAAAAGUGAACUGAAAUUAUAGGAAUUAUACGAAAUUAUAGGAAAAUGGAGGAAAAUCUUGAUACAGAUAUAUCAAAAUACUAUUUAAAAUGUUUAAUCUAAAACUUUAUGAAGAAAAAUUUCAGUACAUUUCCAUUGUUCCACAUGUUCUGUGAUAUCCUUAUCUGAAAAAAAAAAGUUACAAAGACUCCCUUACAAUAAAAUCCAUGGUGAUUUUAAGAAAAAUGUAAGGAUUAGUUCUAAAACAAUUUUGGUGGAAAAUCAUCUGUUUCAACAUGAUUCCAUUAUAAUCGGCACUUUAUUUAGAUGAUGGCUUUUGCCAGAACUUUAAUGUGAAUUCUUGAACCAACUUUUAAUUUUUGUGAUGUAUUAAUGGGGGUCCCCAACCCCCAGGCUGCAUCCCAUUUGGAAUCAGGUUUUCAGAAGUGGUGGGUGAACACCCCCAUGCAGCUGCAUUUGUGAAAGUGGCAUGUGCGCAUGCACGAAACCAUCCCCUCUUCUCCAGUCAGCCAAGCUGGAAAGGUUGACUGCUAUAUGAAAGGAUAUCUUUUUGAUUCAUUCCAAGGGUAAUCUAGAGGCUCGGGGAAAUGUAGGUUUCUAUUUCUUUACCUUAAAUCUUUGCGGAGAACUGGUUGUUAGAAGAAAUU